AUGAGUAACAGCAGUCUGAGCAAUGACAGUGAUCUCGCUUCUCCAUCCAGCAUCCCAAGAGCUGAAGCAGCCUAUGGAAGCCAACGUAUUGAUGUGAAUAGCAAUGCAGCUUUCCGCUCGCUGUCUCCUAAUCUGUCUCGAGGUGAUACUGAGGGACAAGAUUACUAUAGGCCUCCUAGAAGAAGUGCUGACCUCUUGGAUGAGUCCAUAGAGGCUAGGAGUGUUAAAAGAAAUAAAAACAGAAGAGAACGCGUGAAGUCUUCCUACUCUGAUCCACAAUUUAUUGAUGUACCUAUCACACGGGAGCAAAUGAAUCAUUAUAGAAUGGUUGCGGAAAAUUCUCACAGUGAACUGGCGGCUCUUCAUGUAAAAUAUGAAACUGCGCAAUCAGAGCUGCUGGAGCUUCGGUCUAAACUUUCCUCAAAGGAGGUAUGUCUGCAAGAGCUAAAGGCUGAAGUGGAAAACUACAGGGAAAACAAUGCACGGCAGUCUUCUCUGAUCACCUCUCUACGAGCAAGGUUACAGGAGACAGAAGAAGAGUCAGGUUUACUGGCAAAUUCUAAAAGUAGAGCAAAAUUGGCAAUGCAGGGAAUCAUUCAGGAAAACCAAGGACUAAAAGAGAGGCUACAAGAAGUUGAAUCCAAGUUAAAAAUCCACAUGGGUCAGUUGGAAGAUAGCAAAUCCCAGGCUUCUAGAAAUAGCAGGAGUCAUGGUCAAUUUGUGGCUAAACUUUCGUCAAGUUUCGGUAUAGAUGUUAUGGGAAAAGAAGAUCCUGAAGUAAUGAUACUUUCCAAGGCUAGUGAACUCUACAAAGAGAAUUUUACAUUAAAAGGUCAUAUAUCAACACUAGAGGAAACUAUUAAUGUCCACGAGACAGAAUCUAAAGCCAGCCGAGAAACCAUUAUGAAGCUUGUCUCUGAAGUAAAUAGAGAGAAAAAAAAGAAUACUUCAUUUAUCCAGCAAAUAGAGACCCUCCAUAAGAAUUUAGAAAGUGUUUCUGAUGCCAAGCAGGUUCUUGAAAAAGAGAUUAAAAUCCUCACAGAUAGGUUAAAUGCAUCACAUCGAGCCUGGGAGGUCAGCAAACAAGAGCUAAACCAGGUGAAGAAGAACACUACCGAACUAGAUGUGACAUUGAAGAGCAGUUUGGGGGAGGCCAAAGCGGUGAAAAGCAUUCAUGAAUCUUUCAAAGAAGAACUUGCAGCCUCUCUGAGUCGAGACACUGUAAUGGUGAAACCCAAAGAAGAGGCCAUCUUGGAGAAGAUACGCGACUUGUGCAACAAGACAGAAAACAAACAAAUUAUGGUAACUCAACUGGAAAAAAAAGUGUGCCAACUGAAUGAGCAGCUACAGAACCAGUCAGAUCUGCACCAGGAAGCACUGCUUAGAGCUAGGAAAGCUGAGCAGCAACUUGAAGACCUGUGGGCUCGGCUGAAAUUUGCUGAAGGGGAACUCGUUUCUGGAGAUGUCAUGCGGGACAAUCUAAGUUAUGAGAAACAGAAGUACAUGAAGUUCCUGGAACAGCUGUCUGAUAAGAUGAAGUUGGAAAGAAUAACUGCUGAUGUAGGCUUUGACAUGCGUCUAGAUGCCAUACUUGCCCGGGCAGAUCAGUUGGUCAAAUUAGAAUCCGAAGCUGUCAUUGGGAAUAAGACUCUUGCACACAGUUUGCAAAGAAAGUUAAAAGCACAAAAAGAAAAGUUUGAUAGCAAAGAGCUACAUAUGGAGCUUUUGAGGAAAAAAAUCGCCCAGCUUGAAGAGGAAAAACAAGUGCGCACAGCUCUGGCAGUGGAGAGAGAUGAGGCUAACCUGACUGUGAGGAGGCUGCAGAAGAAGGUGGAGAGACUGCAGAAGGAACUAAGUGCAGCUCAAGAAUCUGUCACAGAGCUGAAAUCCAGACUUUCAGAUGCCAAUGAGUUUAAGAUCAGGACACUGGAACAGCAGAAAACUAUUGAACAACUGAGCAAAUCUCUGAAUGACCUGGACCUGGUUAAAAGCAAAACUCAUAAGAAACUAAUUUCUAUUAAAUCAGAAUUAGACUAUACAGAACGGGAAGCAAAAGAGGAGAAAGAGAAAGCAACCAAUUACAUUGAAGUGAUUACCAGCGAACUGAGAACUCUUAAAACAACCUUAGAAGAGGUUUCUAAAAGGGAAAAACAGCUGGUAGACUUUCGAGAGGUGAUAUCACGUAUGCUGGGACUAAACGUCAACGCCUUGGCAUUGCCUGAUUAUGAAAUAAUCAAACGACUUGAAGGACUCCUCCAUACCCACCAUCACCAUGUAGUAUCCUGUGCAUAA